AUGUGGUAUCUCGCCUAUCUCAUUCUAUUACAAUCGAUUACUGGAGUUCCACAAAUCAAUUUGUAUUAUACAGAUUCAAAAAACGAUGUUGAUCAUGGACUUGCAAUACAACGGAAUUGUUUGCAUACAGUUGUUUUUGUCGAACAUUCAAGUAUUGAUCAACAAAUAGUCUUUUUCUGUAUGGAAGAAUCCUUACCGGAAUUUUCUAUCGAAACCAGUAACUCGUUGCUAACAUUUACAUUUUAUGAACUUUCGAAAAAGAAUAUAACUAGCCAACAGCUAUAUUUAUGGUCAGCACCAAUCGAUAUUAUUGAACGUUACCAGUUCUAUUUAAACGAAAACGCCAACAGUAUGUCGAAUGAACUUUUUCAUAACUGUACGAUCCCAAGAUUUGGUCCGUUAUGUCAAUAUGAACUCGAGUCUUACGAUUCUCGGUUCGAGUUCUUACACGAAAUGAUCGAUAACUUCUACAGCAGUCAAGAUUAUAACCCAACUGACUUAACUUGCUACAUGUAUUUACAAUGUUAUCGUGGUCCUGCACCAGCAUGCUUAGACUGGACUGAAAUUUGUGACGGACAUGUUGACUGUCUUGAUAAUGGCCUAGACGAACAGCAUUGCUGGCAAUUGGAAAUCAAUGUGUGCAAAGACGACGAAUAUCGUUGUCUCAAUGGUCAGUGUAUUCCACAAUCAUUCGCCAGAGAAAAACUUGAAUCUGCAGAUUGUAUCGAUGGCACUGAUGAAUUGCCGACCUUCGUGUUACCAUAUAGUGCAUGUAGUUCUCUCGAGCAUGGAUUUCGAUGCGAAGAUACAGCAUGUUCGCCCAAACUAUUCACUAGUUCUUGCGUAUCAAAACGAGAAGCGUUACUAUUACAAGCACAUUUUUCUCUUAAACAUCCCGAUGUAGAAGACCAAUGUUGGUUUGCUUUCAGAUGCAUUAUCAGUGCAUCGUACGAAUACAAUCAACUCAUUUGCAACCAUUUUUGCACACUUGAUAAAUGUACUGAAAUUAUUCAAGAUUUCUGUCCAGAAAUGUUAUUCAUGCCAGCUAUUCCAAUUAUUGAUCAUCGAAUUUAUUUCGCCUAUGCAAAACGUGAUGCAGAAAUCCUCGCACAGUCAAAGUUUCGAUUGCCUUAUGUAUGCUACAACGAUUCAUACUAUAAUAAUUUCUUUAUUGAUGGUGAAAAGAUUCCAUUUAAAAACUUAACGUGCUAUAGAAAUCUUCAACAACCAAUUAUCUCUACCUCGCCAAUUUCAACAAAUCGAUUCUUUUUUAUUGACUUACAGCUAUUAUUUUGGUCGUAUAAUUUACCAGUAAACUACACUUCGAAUAUUUGUGAUCGUUCGAGUAUGUAUCAAUGCAUGAAUUCAAAUAAAUGCAUUUCUAUUUAUCGUGUGAACAACUACAUUAAGGAUUGCCCAUACGGUGAUGAUGAAAAAGAAUCGCGAGCGAAUGGUAGCACUCUAUUCAGCUUGUUGAUAAAUUGGAGUAUGUCAGAAGACAAUAAACUGAAACUAGAAAAGCAGUUUAUAGAAAAUAAUGUAUCGUUUCAAACAAUAUGCGAUGGAUAUACCGAACUAUUGCCCAUCACGAUCGAUGGUCGGAAUGAAACAGACGAAACCGAAUGUGACCAAUGGCAAUGUAAUAAUAUUUAUACACGGUGUAACUUCAUCAAGAAUUGUCCCAAUGGCGAAGACGAAAUCGGUUGUGAUCUAACGCCAUCGAAACAAUGUUCGUCAGUUGAACAAGUGUGCGUUUCGGCAGAGAAGAAUGAGUUGACUUGCCUAUCGGUUGAUAAGAUCAACAAUGGUGUUAUUGACUGUCUUGGUGGUACUGAUGAAUCAUCACAAUGUGCAAUAAAAUCUCCACUAGAAUAUGAAACGAGAUUUCAGUGCUUAAACGACGCCAACAUAUCAUCGUGCCUGCCUGUUCAUUUUCUCUGCAAUCGCAAUAUUGAUUGUUACGAUAAAGAAGACGAAAGAUUUUGUACAUCGAAGGAAAUAGUUGAUAAAAUGUCCUAUUACUGUAAACCGACUGAUAUACACUUAUAUUCCGAUGUGGAAAAGUUCUUUUGCAACACUGUAAAGAAGAAAACAAAGAAACAAAUUGUUUAUUUCGCACUUCAAACAUCGCGUAAACCAAUAAAUAACCAAAUAAAUGGCAACAAAAACCUGGGAGUUUUACCCCUAAUCAACCAUCAAGAUGAAAAUUAUUGUCAUCAUGGUCUCUCUGCACGUGUUUGGUUGAACGAGAAGAAGAACGUAUUAGCAAAAGCGUGUCUUUGCCCACCUAACUUUUAUGGUAAUCGAUGCCAAUAUCAGAAUCAACGCAUAAGUGUAGUUGUUCGAUUUCAUGCGCUGUCCGAUUCGUGGGAAACGCCAUUCGUCAUCGUUAUCUCGCUUAUUGACGAUAGUUACGAACGUCGGGUUCACUCGUAUGAAAAAAUCACAUAUUUAUCCAUGCGAGACUGCACAACGAAAUAUGAAUUCUAUUUAACGUAUGCAACUCGACCGAAAAACUCGACCAAACAAUAUUUCAUACAGUUUGAUAUCUAUGAAAAACUUUCGUUUAUUUAUCGUGGAAGUAUAAUACACCCGAUCAACUAUUUGUUUUUACCCGUUCAUCGUGCAGCGUAUAUUAUCGAUAUUCCACGAAGUCAAAAUAAUAUUAAGACUUGUUCCGAUCAACGCUGUGGUGGUCAUGGAAUAUGUUAUGAAAGUGUCAAUCAUCACGAAUCUGGUCAAGUCCUUUGCAGAUGUAAUCGAGGUUGGUCUGGCCAAUUCUGCGUUAUUCCACAUCAAUGCACCUGCUCAGCUGAUUCUAUAUGCGUUGGAGUAUCUGCAGACAACCGUUCAAUAUGUGUUUGUCCUGUUCAUAAAUUUGGUCCUCGGUGUUUGAUUCCUUCAGUGUGCCUAUCCAGUAUUGACCCUGUAUGCAAAAACGAAGGUCGUUGCAUACCAAUAGACGAAUAUAAUUUAUCGACACAAAGAUUCACAUGUAUUUGUCGAAGAGGGUUUAGUGGUGAACGGUGCGAAAUCGAAGACAACAAAGUUAUCUUAUCAUUUGAGAGCGAUAUUGUUUUAUCUGAACUAAUGUUUAUACAUUUUAUCACCGUAGCUCAAGAUGCACCACCGAUACGAGCAACUAUUCUUCAAACUUUUCCUGUUAAACAGAAAUCUAUAACCAUUCAAUGGCCACGACCAUUUCAUCUUGUUUUUAUCGAACCUUCGAAUCAAAAUUUCUAUCUCGCUGUGAUGCAGAAACAUUGUAAUCAAUCAGCGGUAAUCACAACAACGAUUCAGUCAUCGGAUCGUUGUCAACAUAUCAGUGAAAUUUUGAAUCAAACUCUGUCCGACUUCCACUUACUCCGUCGUAUCAAAUACUAUCAUGUGCCAUGUCAAAAUUUACGGUUAAAUCUUUCAUGUUUUUACGGCGAAGAACAUCUUUGUCUAUGUUACAAUCACGGUAAACAGCGUCUAGCAAAUUGUUUUAAUUUUGAUCAUCAGAAGAAAUUCGAUUGUCAUGGUCAAAGUGUAUGUGAAAACGGUGGCCAUUGUUUUCAAGACACGCCUAAUUGUCCACAACGAUCAAUCUGUGCUUGCCCUCCGUGUUUCUACGGUCGACUAUGUCAGUUCAGUACAAGUGGAUUUGGUCUAUCCCUCGAUUCCAUCUUAAGUUAUCAUAUUCAACCCAAUCAUAGUCUGAUACAUCAAUCAAAAAUUGUUACGGUAAGCAUGAUAUUUACAAUGAUUCUUCUUAUUGGUGGAAUUAUCAACGGAACUCUUUCAAUUCUGACAUUUAAGCAUAAAAAUCUACGCGAAAUGGGUUGUGGUCUGUAUUUAUUUGGCUCGGCGAUCACUGCUUUAUGCACAAUGAUUAUGUUUGGAUUCAAAUUUUGGAUAUUAAUUUUAGCACAAGCGCUCUACAUAACGAAUCAUCGGUUUUUACUAUUCCAGUGUUAUACAAGUGACUUUCUGCUACGCGUUUGUUUAAGUAUGGAUCAAUGGUUGAAUGCUUGUGUUGCUGUUGAACGAGUUGUUAUUGCACGAAAGGGUAUGACAUUUGACAAGAGGAAAAGUCAGCAAGCAGCCAAGAUGAUCAUAGCGAUGAUUUUAGUAACUAUUACUUGCACUUCGAUACAUGAUCCAUUGAAUCGACGUUUGAUCGUAGAAGAAAACGACCAAAAUUUUGAAAAACGUACUUGGUGCAUUGUUACUUACUCAUCCAAUUUACGAAUAUUUAAUUCGGUUGUCUAUACAUUUCACUUCUUCGGUUCGUUUGUUGUUAAUCUCAUCUGUGCCGUUGCGCUCAUCUCAAAAAAGACUCGUCGACAAUCGAAUCUCCAUCGUCGUCGCGUUUUUCGACAACUCUUACAACAGCAUGUUCGCGAACAUCAACAUCUAUUCACAGCACCACUUCUCCUGGUUGUUCUGGCAUUACCGCGUUUAAUUAUUGGUUUUAUUUCAAAAUGUAUGAAAUCAGCAAAUGAUUCCUGGCUGUUCUUAAUUGGCUACUUCAUUUCGUUCAUUCCACCGAUGUUAACAUUCGUGAUUUUUAUAGUACCAUCGAAAUUCUAUAAACGACACUUUCGCUCAUCGGUGGCGCCACGUCUGACUAGUGAGCCGCGCAUUCGUCUAAAUUUUCCAACACUACAAGGAAAAGAUCUUGGGCUCGAUGGAUAA